AAGUUCCUGCAUCCCCAAACGUGAAGCACGUCCCACUCAUCGGAUUCAAUUCCUUGGAAGACUUCUUGGAUCUCGAGAACUGCGUCAUUCUGCAGUUUUGGAAGGAUCAAUUCGACCUGAGGACAAUGACGGGAGGCAGAAGCAGACAGAGGUCUCACUCCUAUUAUAACCCUGAGGACAGCAAGACCUAUGGAGUACAGACACAGACUAAGGACACCUAUCAGAGACCUCGUUCAAGGUCUUUUUACAGCUAUGAAACAUCAGAACAUGAACCCGACAAUGAUUUGGGUCAUCUAACCGUGUCCAUUCCACUUAAGCAAAAGUCCAACGCUCCACCUCAGACUCCUGUGAACAAAAAUGAAAAGUCCAAGUCCAAACUGAACCAGUAUUCACUUCCCAUAGAUCUUAACGGCAACAGAGGCAAUCCUAAUUGUGUGUCCAUGAUGACCAUAUCUGAGUCGGACAACUGGGAGAUCAGCUCCAGCUCUGGUAUGAAAUACGGUCAAUUUGUGGACUGGGAGAAGAUCGAUCCGGAAGCUUUCGAGCGAUACCAGCAGAUAUUGGCGAGCGAGCACCAAAGACUGAAAACCAUGGGAAGAGAAGGCUUCUGGGCUAUGCCUCAUACAUUGAGGGCAAAAGCUUACUCCCACAUCAUCCACGGCAUCCAUUCCAGGUGUGUCAAUCCAGAAAGAGAUUUGUACUAUGAACUAAGCAGGAAGCUCUUUGGAGAACAAAACCUUAGCAGCCACCCAAUUCCCGAAUACAUGGAAGCAGGAGAAAUACCAAGGUAUUGUCUCAAUAAGGUGGGACUGAAUUCAGUCAAGAAGAUCCUUCUAUGUCUGGGAAAGUACUUCCCAGCAAUGAACUUUUGUCCCAUCCUCCCAGCUUUGGUGUCCCUCAUUUUGCACUUCAGCCAGGACGAAGCCGAAUGUUUCUGCAGCGUUUCCAGGCUGAUUUGCUACAACGACCCCAAUAAACGUUACAUUGACCAGACCUUUCUCACGUACCGAGCCUCGUGCAUGACCUUCGGGGACAUCGCCAACAGGUGCUGCCGAGGUAUCCGCAAGUUGAUAGCCAGCUCACACCAGAACCUUUUUGAGUUUUACUCCGACUGGAUCAUGUGGAUCUUUGCUGAUCUUCCAUUCACAUAUGCCAUUAGAGUGUUGGAUGUCUACCUCCUGGAGGGCUACAAAGUUCUUUACAGGGUGGCGUUGGCUUUGCUGAGCCUCUACAAAGUGUCCGUGUCGUCCAGAGUAGCAGAUGUGGAGGAUUUCCGUACAGACAUGAAAAGUUUCGUGCAGAACGUGGCUCGCCACUGCACGGCUGAGAAUCUUUUGGAAAGAGCCUUCCUGGUUCCGAUUGCCACGAGGAAAGAACUCAACCUCCUCUUCAAAGCCAACAAGGUAUCCCUCAUGCUAAAAGGAGUCAGCAUCCACCAGAAGAGGCAGUCGGUGGAUACGGUGGACUUCGACAACUUUAGGUCCAGUGUUGUGACAGGAACAGAGAUGAGAGUUGUCUGGGCCUGGAUACCGGAGCGAGUUGCCCUUUUCAGUCCCAUUAAACUUUUCGGUACAACUGAACAUGGAGAAAGUCUCGCUUCAUUCUAUUAUUAUGUUGAGGGCCACGAACCUGCGGUGUUGCUCAUCAAAACAGUGGAUGAAGAGGUCUUCGGUGCCUUCAUUUCAUCAGACAUGACAGAGAGGCACAAGUACGACACGGAUGAAGUCACGUUUUUCGGAACGUGCGAAUGUUUUGUUUUCACGCUUCGUCCCAGGAUGGAGCGCUACCAGCGAGCCAUGGUCAACAUCAUGACCAGGAAAGUCUCACCUCAGCAGGCUCACUUCAGCUUUCAGACCGCCUCCGAAGCAACUCUGAUGUGCCCGGCUGGGACCCCCCAAGACCCCAGCUACUUGACCAUCCCUUUCACUGCUCCCUCCCUGGAACCAUUUACUACCAAGGAGGCUAAGAGAACCAAGGAACAAGAGGCUUCCAAGUUUAUAGCGGGCAGUGAUGAACAGCUCAUUAUUGGUGGGAAUGGAGGCCAUGCACUCUUCUUUCAAGAAAACCUGGAGGAGGGCUACACAGAGUCUUGCGACACAUUUAAGAGUCCACCACUCUGCAAAGGACAUUUCAAAAUACAGUCCAUGGAAGUGUGGGGAAUCCAGAACUCAAUUUGCUUUUCUCACUGUUUUUCCACCCAGCAGAAAAUAUAAUUUUAUAGUGUCUAACCUUUUAUAUUCACUAUGAUGUUUGGUUUACUUUGUUUUUUAAAAUAUACUAUGCUGGUUAAAAUGGUUUUACUGUAUCUUUGCAAUAUUACAGCACAUGUCCUCAGGGUACUUGGAAAACCACACACAGCAGGCUAAGGUGGGGCGGUCAGCUGGUCAGCUACUGUAUGUGGACAAACAAUCGAACGUGCAGUUUGGAAUGUGGCUGUGUGUGUGUGUGUGUGUGUGUGUGUGUGUGUGCAUGUGUGUGUGUGUGUGUGUGUGUGUGUGUACGCACGUAAAUGGCCUUUAACCUCAUUGUUGGACAUAAUUAAAGUUGUUUAUACCACACAUAAUA